UCCCAGCCCCCCGGCUCUUUACCUCUAUGCCCCACUCCCCUCCUAGUAUCUAGGACAUCUCACAGAACUCCCUAUCCUGGGCCCCAGCCAUUGUCCAAACUUCCUCCCCAGCUCCCCUGCCAGGUAUAAAAGGGACCCGCCCAGCCCCACCUGCACCCUUUAAAUUUAACAGCUCCAGUAACCACACUAGUUGGUCUACCACCAGCAAACACCAGGCUGCACCAUGGCCUAUCGAGCAGAGACAGCGCAACCCGGCCGGGUGCAAACCAGCUACUCCUACGGCACCUCCAGCGCCUGGAGCUCCGGCAUGUGUGACUGCUUCGCAGACGUGGGCGUGUGUCUCUGCGGUACCUUUGUGCCCUGCAUCCUGGCCUGCCAGGUGUCGCAGCAGUUCGGUGAGUCCUGCCUCCUGCCCUGCCUGCCGGGCACCCUGCUGGCCCUGCGCACAGGGGUACGGGAACGGUACCACAUCGAGGGCAGUAUCUGCGACGACUGGCUUGUCAUGGCCUGCUGUGGGCCCUGCGGCCUUUGCCAGCUGUCCCGGGAGCUGUCAUACCGGAAAUGAGGGGCCGGGGGACCCCCGGCUCCAGCUACAGGGCUCUGCAGCAGGAAGAAAAUCUCUUGCCCCCCUCCCCUCCCCAGGGAGGAGUACAGGGAUGGUGGGGGAGGGGAGGAGCCCCAAACCCCCUAAAUAAAUAACCUCCCAAACUCUUUGCAGUAGCCUCUGUUUAUUAGUGGGGCCCUGAACCCUGCAUCCUUGGGGGGGUGGAGGAUGUGGCCGGGAGGGGGAAUGAAAAAUAUUAGAUAAAGAGGCAUCUGGGGCAGAGAUAACUACAGCGUGCCACAGGGGGAGAGUUAAGGGUACAGGCGCACACACAGCGAGGGGGGAGUUAAGGGUACA